CUCCCUCUCCCGCCCCUGGAGCUCAGCGGCUCAGACCGCGGUGGGGGCGCGCAGAGAGCGGACUAGACUCCGCUCCCCUAGGCAGCGUGCCAUGGCCCCGGGCCUGCGCGGCCUCCCGCAGCGCAGCCUCUGGCUGCUCCUGGUGCACCACCUGUUCGCGGCAGCCAGCCAGCCCGCGCCCGGCGCCCUCCUGCGGGAGCUCUGCCUCGCCCCGUUCCAGGCGGAGAUGGAGGCCGUGGGGACCACUCUCUGGUGCGACUGGGACAAGACCAUCGAGAGCUACGGCGAGCUCACAGACUGCACCAAGCACGUGAUGGAAAACCUGGGCUGCUUCUGGCCAAACGCGGCGGUGGACUCGUUCUUCGUCGCUGUGCACCGGCACUACUUCAGGGGCUGCCCCGUCUCCGGCAGGGCCGUGCAGGACCCGCCUGGCAGCAUCCUCUGCCCCCUGAUCGUGGUGCCCAUCCUGAUGACCCUGCUCAUGACCGGGCUGGCAGUCUGGGGAAGCAAGCGCACAGAAGGCAUCGUGUAGGCCGCGGCCCGGGAGCUGCCGGAACACGGAGGCUGCGGGCAGGCAGGGAGGCCGACAGCUUGGGGCCCGGCCUGGGGAUAGUGUCCCGGGGCCCGAGGGCAGCGCUGCCCUGAGUCCCCUGCUUCUACCUGAGACCAGCUGACAGGAUCUCGCAGUCGGGGCGGUGCAGGCCGCCCUAGCAAGGGGCCGGGUGCUGGGGGAGCAGGGCGGGCCUGUCACCAUUACUGGGAAGGUUCCACCAUGUUUGUAGGCCGCCCUCAGCUCUGCUCCCACCUCUGGCCAGACUGGGGACGAGUAGUUUGUGAUUAAAAGGAUGUCCUUGAA